AUGGUUAUCAAAGAUUUAAUCAACAGAAAAAUUAAAAUCAAGUUUCCAAUUAUUGAUUGCCUGGAACCCCUGAAACAGCCAAUAAAAUUUUACACCAUCCAGCAGUCAUCGCAAAACCUAAACAACUCAAAUAUAGUGAAGACCAAUGAUUAGCAACAGUCUUAGAAAAGUUUCAAUUUGCAGAAUAACAUUAAUAUUGAUCAAAGUUAUACAAGAUCAUAGAGUUCUUAUAGUAAGGGCCGGAGAAUUAUAAAUACAAGAGGUGGCUCUUUUGGUGCUACAAUUUAAGGCAAGAAUUUGAGUGUGCCAAAGGAGAGCGUUGGCACUACAGGACUGAAUGUAUCUCAAUAGAGCACUGGAAGCAACAAUAAUACUUAUAUUAUGCCUUCUAUAAACGGAAGCAUGAUUAACAGAUAAUAUUUUAAGAGUUCCAAUAAUAGCUUGGUGAGCUCUAAAAUUGGCUCUGUUAUUCAAAGCCAAAACAAUUCUAUCUCUUUAAUUAGUAAUAAUUAAGGGGGAUUGCACAACAACAGUGGUGUGAUAGGAAUUCAUAACUAGGAGAGCAUUCUGAGUCAGCAUAAUUUCACAAUAUCUGAUGUCCUAAAUAACACAAAUAAUUUAAAUCCUAACUAUGGAGAUUGCGUAGUUAUUAACGUGAACGAUGAUGUUAGAAAGGUCAAUAAAAACUUUAAGUAUGUCUCGAUACAUUAAAACAACAACUUUCUUAACACUAAAACUCCAGACUUGGAGGUUAAGAAUUGCAUCUCGAUUUUAAUAUCAGCAGAUUUCCUUAAGAUAUACCAACUGGUAGAUGAGGCUUGCGAAUACGUAGCUAGAAAUCUACCAGAAAUCGUUUAACUUAAUAUAGAUAUGAAGGACUUGGAUAAUCUGAUUGAUACUAAGGAUAAACUCACAUCCAAAAUAUUUAUGAAGAAAACUGAUGCACUGGUUUCUGAUCAAGAGAAUAAGUUCAUGCUUUAGAUGUGCCAAUAUUGCAAAAAGUUGUAUUCUCUAGAAUCAUAAGACAAACUAAAGCAAUUAUUCACCUGGAAACAAAUUUACUGGAGAUUGUUUGCAUGGGGAAAUGUACUAGAAAAUAAUUGCUAAGAUUGUGGAGAAUUUUUCGACAUGGCCCACAUUCUCGAUUGUAGAUAUCAUCCUGGGAUCGCAGCUUUUCCUUAUGACUCGAAUCUGGGAGUUUACUAAUGCUGUUAAAAGAAGGCACUCAGGUUUGAGAUCCAUGCAAAAGGCAAAGGAUGCUAGUCGAAAUAACAUAAUAUACUAUCCUUCUAUUAAAACCAAAAUGAGAUUAGUUCUAUGUAAAGAGAUUUACUGAAUCAGAUCAUGAUGAGAAAGGAAUUCACAUAAGAGCCUACUAAGGAGGAUACCAAAAUAAAACCGAGUUUCUAAGGUGCUAUCAGAAGAUAUGUUCAGGAGCAUAAAGACUAGCUAUUUCUAGUUGACGAGGAUGAGGAUUCUGCUGUUGAGUAGCAAUUUGAAGAUUUGCUUGAUAGGAAUGAAGAAAGUGUGAGCAAAAAUAAUUAGUCUGUAUUCAAUCAUAACGCAUCUAUCGGAAGCAUUCCCAAUGAGAUUAGAGAAUCUAGUCCAAGCCCUGUAAGAUUACCUAUCUUUGAUGAUAUUUACCAAUAGGAUACAUUCACUAAUAGACCUUAAUCGAAUAGAAUUAUUCUUUAGCCAGCUGUAAGAUAAAGCGCCCCAAACUAAAUUACUGCUAUCAGACAGAAUAAAGGAUAAUCUUAGCACCCCACUUUUUCCAUAAAAAAAUAAAAUACACCAUCUGUAAAUCCUAAGAAUCUAAGCUCCUAGAUUAUCACUACUGCUCAGAAGAAUUCAUCUUAGUAAAUUCGUAAGGACAUCUCAAGAGACACUCCUGAGGAACUGAACAUUGAUUUAUAAUCAAGCUUUGCUCCUUCACCUACUAAAUUAUCCCCAAAGAAUAACUAAACAUAAUCUACUUCAUAGUUCUCAAAAAAGAAAAAAAUGAUCAAAAUAGAUUGCACUAAUAUGUCUAAGAUUCAGAUAAAGUAAAUGCGGCAAGAUACUCUUAGAACAACGGACAGGCUUACCAUGCAUGACUUAAUAGGGUAACUCCAAAAGCUGAGAGGCAGUGAAAAACCAAUAAAUUAGGCUGAUUAUAGUGUCGAGAGACCAAAUCAAAAUAUAGCGAUGGAAAGAGUUACCAUAAGAAAACCCGAGAAAAAAAUAGUCAUACAAAAAAGGAAAAUAAUGAGAUGGGGUAAUCAGUCCUAAUGA